AUGCCGUGUCUCAGAGUGUUAGCACAGGAUUCGCUUUCAGGAAAUCCCAAAUUCCUUUCCAGCCAGAAAAUCAGCAAUCCACCGUCAGUCUGUCGAGAAAUCCAAGCUCUCCUCGUUGUUCUCUUCUCUUUGUUUGUCAUUGGAGUUACAAUCCUCUACAACCAGCGAAGCAUUCGGCAAAUACUUGAAGACAGAGAACAGCAACAGCUUUCCAUUACACAGACAUCAUUACUCUCUUCUGACCCUUCAAAAGCCUCUGGAGUCAACAACCAAAACCAAGCUCUAGUAGCGAGCUUGGAUAGGUUCACCAAAUGCGCCUCCACUCGACGGUACAGUGGCAAGAAAACUGUGCGGAUUGACCGUAUGAUGGAGACCGACCGACGGCGAGGAAUUCCAGAGAGAUGCGACUUGUUUUCCGGCAAAUGGGUCUUUGACAAUACCUCUUAUCCGCUCUACAACGAGUCGCACUGCCCUUAUAUGUCCGACGAGUUGGCGUGUCAGAAAUACGGAAGGACCGACUUGAGGUACCAGAACUGGAGAUGGCAACCUCAUAACUGCAACUUGAAGAGGUGGAAUGCGACUGAAAUGUGGGAGAAAUUGAGAGGUAAAAGACUGAUGUUUGUUGGGGAUUCUUUGAAUAGAGGACAGUGGACAUCCAUGGUAUGUUUAUUACAAUCUGCAAUUCCAGCUGACAAGAGAUCCAUGUCCCCCGUCGCUCCUCUAACAAUCUUCAGGGCAGAGGAAUACAAUGCUUCGGUUGAGUUCUAUUGGGCACCACUUCUUGUUGAUUCGAAUUCUGAUGAUCCGGUGAACCACAGAUUGAAGGACCGAAUAAUUCGGCCGGACUCAGUUCUCAAGCAUGCUUCCCAGUGGGAGAAUGCUGACAUACUGGUCUUUAACACCUACUUGUGGUGGAGACACGGCCCCAUUAAGUUAUUAUGGAGUAGUGAAGAAAAUGGGGUAUGUGAGGAACUGGAUGGCCUGCGAGCUAUGGAGUUGGCUAUGGAGGCUUGGGCCGAAUGGGUGGCUUCAAAUGUGAAUACGCUCAUAAAGCGGGUAUUCUUUGUUACCAUGUCUCCUACCCAUCUCUGGAGCCGAGAGUGGAAGCCAGGUAGCGAGGGCAAUUGCUAUGAGGAAAAUACUCCCAUUGAUGUAGAGGGUUACUGGGGAAGUGGGUCUGAUUUGCCCACAAUGCGGAUGGUGGAGAAUGUUUUAGGAAAGUUGAGGUCGAAGGUUUCUGUUGUCAACAUCACACAGCUAUCCGAGUAUCGGAAAGAUGGCCAUCCUUCCAUUUACAGAAAGUUCUGGCAGACACUGAGUCCCCAACAGUUGUCAAAUCGCACGAGUUACUCGGAUUGUAUACACUGGUGUUUGCCUGGAGUGCAUGACGUCUGGAAUGAAUUACUGUUCAAUCUUUUAUAGAAAUAAGUUGGUAAUACUUUUAGCUUCAUUUGAAUUUCGUCCCUUUGUUACAAACUCGGCUAAAUUUCUGCUUCUAAGGCCUUAAAAUUGGCGAAAUAUCAGUGUUAGCAGAAUAUCAUCAGAUAUGGAAACCAAACCAUAUAUAAUAGCAGAUUAAUUGCAGAUAUGACAGAACUAGCUGGACUGUUCAACAUGUGAACUUAAUACUGCACAACCCCAACGGAGUCAAAGGGAAACUUACACUGGAAUUGAUUGGAGUGACAAAGUUGUGAUGCACCUUUGAAGAACCAGAGAAGGCCGUAUUUCAAUUCUCUAUUUUUUCUUUCUUUCUUUUUUUUUUUGAUAAAACGGAAGAGGAGUAUUUCAGUUCUCUGAAACUAUGGCAUGCUAUUUUA